CCCUGGCCGCUUUCCCUAAUUUAUGUCUAGAUUCCUGAAGUCUCUGCACAUGUAGUUCCUGGAGCUGCUGUUUUAAAAUGCCAACAUUUCCAACUACAACUUCUUCUUGGGACAACCUCUUAAAUGCUCUUGCUCGCAGCUCAGUAUGGAAUUGGUUACAAGCAAUGUUUAUAGGAGAGACUACUAGUGUGCCUCAGCCAACAAACUUGGGAAUACUAGAUAAUCUCGCUCCCGCUGUGCAAAUCAUCCUUGGGAUUUCCUUUUUGACUUUGUUGGCAAUUGGACUAUUUGCCUUAUGGAAACGAAGCAUUCGGUCAAUUCAGAAAAUAGUGAUGUUUGUGAUCACACUCUACCAACUUUACAAGAAGGGCUCAGACUUUUUUCAGGUUUUGCUAGCCAACCCAGAAGGAAGCGGUCGCCAGAUUCAAGACAAUAAUAAUAUCUUCCUGUCGUUGGGUCUGCAAGAGAAAAUUUUGAAAAAGCUUCAGAUGGUGGAGAACAAAGUGAGAGACCUGGAGGGGAUAAUCGUCGCCCGGAAACCUGCUGUGAAGCGGGACUGCUCCUCUGAACCCUACUGCAGCUGCUCUGACUGUCAGAGUCCCUUGCCCACAUCAGGGUUCACUUCCACAUCUGAAAUGUGAUGAACUCCAAUCUUUUCCAGAAAAGCACUGCUUCCCUCAUGUGUGCAGUGGUGUAUCAAUAAAAUAGAGAACUAUAUUGAA